AAGAGGCGGCGCUGACUGCCCGCCUUCUAAGCUGGGACUGUUCGUGCGGCGGGGCGGAGGCGGGGCGGCCCGGCACCACCUCCGACUACCUGGAAAGGCCCGGGCUUGCGAGCUAGCGAGGCUCCGGGCCCAUCGCUUCCUCUCGCCACGUCCCCUGCCGAGGAGGCUCGCUCCACGCGCCAACAUGGCGGGCGGGCGCUGGGGCCCGCUGCUGACGGCGCUCCUGGCCGCCCGGGUCGCGGUGGCGGAGGAGGCCGGCCCCGCGCAGGCCGCGCUGCCGGAGGAGCGGAGCUGGGUGCGGCCCAUGACCGCCUCCAACUGGACGCUGGUGAUGGAGGGCGAGUGGAUGCUGAAAUUUUAUGCCCCUUGGUGUCCGUCCUGCCAGCAGACUGACUCAGAAUGGGAGACAUUUGCAAGGAACGGUGAAACACUUCAAAUCAGUGUAGGCAAAGUGGACGUCAUUCAAGAGCCAGGUUUAAGUGGCCGCUUCUUUGUCACUACUCUCCCAGCAUUUUUUCAUGCAAAGGAUGGAAUAUUCCGCCGUUACCGUGGCCCAGGAAUCUAUGAAGACCUGCAGAAUUAUAUCUUAGAGAAGAAAUGGCAAUCAGUUGAGCCUCUGACUGGCUGGAAAUCCCCGGCUUCUCUGACGAUGUCUGGAAUGGCUGGUCUAUUUAGCAUCUCUGGCAAGAUAUGGCAUCUUCACAACUAUUUCACAGUGACCCUUGGAAUUCCUGCUUGGUGUUCUUAUGUCUUUUUCAUCAUGGCCACCUUGAUUUUUGGCCUUCUCAUGGGUCUGGUCUUGGUGAUAAUAUCAGAAUGUUUCUAUGUACCACUUCCAAGGCAUUUAUCUGAGCGCAUUGAGCAGACUCGGAGGUCAGAGGAGGCUCACAAAGCUGAACAGUUGCAGGAUGCAGAGGAGGAAAAAGAUGAUUCAAAUGAGGAAGAAAACAAGGACAGCCUUGUAGAUGAUGAAGAAGAGAAAGAAGACCUUGGUGAUGAGGACGAAGUGGAGGAAGACGAGGAGGAGGACAGUGCUGCCACUCGCGUGGAUGAGGAGAGGAACGACGCCCAGGACCAGGGGCCCCUGAGAGAAGUCCAGGAGGAUGGAGAACCUGAGCCUGAAGAAGACACGCCUGUGCAGCCCAGCCCAGCCGACACAGAGGUGGCGGAAGACACAUUGAGGCAGCGCAAAAGUCAGCAUGCCGAUAAGGGCCCAUAGGUCUAGUGACGGUGUUUCCAAGAAUUCAGACCAAAGGACUGUGUCAGCUUCCCUCUGGUCUGCAGUGUAAAUCAAAUCCGUACUUUUUCCUGAAUGAGCAAGCUUCUGUUAAAAAAUGAUCUCUAGUCAUGUAGUCUUAUGGCAUUAAGCCUCAUGUAUAUUAAUGAGAGUCUUUCAGGCAUGACAAUCAGGAAACAGAAAGACAAACAUUGUGUUAGGAUCUGUUUGAGCACUUAGUAUGGGCACAAAUUCAUUUGCUUGGGGCUAGAGAGUUUUGACCUGAGAAAGCACCCCGCAGGUGCCAUAAAAUGAAAGCAAAGCAACAUGAGCCUCCUCACAAGCAGCAGACGUCUUGUGGAAGUCUUGUGUGUGAAGUAUUCGUUUUUGUCAAAUGUAAGAAACAUCAGCCACCGCGGUGGAGAGACACUUUUUUAGAGGUAGAAAUUGAGAGGGCCCUGGAUUAUUAUGGUAGAAAAGAGCUUGAACAUCAUCCCAACUCUCUGAAUCUCUUUUGCUGUGAUUUAUUUCUUACCUUUAGUAUCUCCAACCUUCCCACCACAGGCCUGCAGGCGCCCCACACGCUUCACAAUACUUCCUCAGUGAUAGGCCACAGACAGCGGCCAGUUGACAUCAGCCGCUUUCCUUCUUGACUUAAGGGUUUACAUAAUCCGGAACCAAAGCCCGUGACUGCCAAGCAUCUUGAAUGAAAUGUAACCUUUGGAGAUUCAAAAGGAAGUAAGGGUUUUAUAGGAGUGAUUUUUGUUUGUGUUUUUUGCCAAAAUGUAGUAAUUACUUUUUUUCAAAAAGUUCCUUAAAGGAACUUUUUGAAGCCAGAAGUGCCCUAAGUGUUGCCAGUACAAGGUAGUCUUGUGAAGAGAACUUGAAUACUUUGUUGUUUUGCUUCCAUCUCAAGGGGUUCCUUGGCUCUUGAACCACUUUAUUAUUAACUGCAAAACCAUUUCUGGUUUUCGUUCAGUGAUGUGCUUUUGGUGAAAGAAUUAAUGAAAGUGAAUAUCUGGAAAUGAAAGAUUUGGUUUCGUUUCCUUCUUCCUUAAUCUUGUAGAGAAUUUUAUUCCUGUAAAUCUCUCAAUACUCAGUCCACUAAAAGUACCCAGGGGGCCUGAUUUCUUUUAAAGAAUCCAUCCAUCUACUUCUGUCUUACCUGAUUUAUGUCUUAGAAUAAAUUCAUAAAAUUAGA